AUGAAAUAACGGACAGAGCUCGUUUUUUCUCUUCGUGUUCUUUUAGUCAUGAAUUUAGAUCCUCGAACUUUGAGGCUCACAACCUCGCGAAGCAUGCAUUAAUGUUGGGGACCGGCCGCCAUGUCUGGUUAGGCCACCCCGGCGAUCUUUUGUUCAUCCCUGUAAACAUUGUGACGGUUGAAUAAAAGUUUCGCGAGUUUGUCUUAAAAAAAAGCCACAGUAUAUAUAAUUAAUACUCGUAAAAGAAAUAUUUGUCUUUGACCCUGCCUCUUUCCCCAAUCCCCACACUCACCACCAAUCGAGCCAAGGAACUGGCUCCGCUCCUCGCACCCACCCAGGCCGCCGCAAAUCCAGCAACCCCCCACCCCCCACCCCAUAUGCCCCCGCCAUGGCAGCCCUCGACCUACGCCGCCGGCACGACAGUGGCAGCAUCCCCCUGCCGCUCCUCCUCACCGGCCGGAUUUCACGCAUCCCCUGAUUCGGAUCCCCUUUCUUUCCUUUCAGAUGAAGAGAAGACCAUUGGAGAUACUUCCACAGCUGCCCCUCCUAUCUCCCUCGAUGAUGAGUUUCCGAAGGCCGCAGCUAUGGGACCUUAUGCAAGUUCAGGCUGGUCAGACCUCCCCAUCGACCUCCUGAUCCGGAUAGUGCAUCUCCUUGAGCUCCCGGAGGCCCUUGCCUUCCGCGCUGUCUGCCCGUCUUGGUGUUCUGCAUCUGCGGCCGCAGGCGCUGCCCCACCUCGCCGCACGCCGUGGCUCAUGUCCUUGGCGGACGAUCCUCUUUCGGUAGGGGAUCAGCAUCGGCGUGUACGUCGUGGGUUAUGGGAUCCUGCUGCUACUACUGAGCUCCGCAACCUACUGGAUCCUGAUAGAACUUUUCAGGUCAGCUUUCCCAGGGGGCAGGCUGUGGCCUGCUGCGGCGCCUCCCAUGGCUGGUUAAUCAUGGCAAAUGAGUUCUCGGAUCUCGUCCUAUAUAACCCCUUCACCGCGGCGUUGAUCCCGCUCCCCCCAAUCACCGGUUUUGCGUCGUGCAUCGAGGGGGUCUACGGAGAUGAAGGGAAGAUCGUGGGCUAUCGUUACGGGUGUUACAUGACGGAACAUGUUCAUGGUGUGCAGUCUCCCGGCAGGUGUUUCUACGACAAGGUUGUGCUGUCCGGUCCUCCGUCCACUUGUCGUGCCGUCGCUCUGGUCAUCCACCUGGACGGCAAGAGGCUAUCUUUUGCGAGGAUAGGAGACAGCCAUUGGCAACAAGUUUCAGUGAUCCAAAGAAGCGGGGAUAGCUUUGCAGAUUGUAUCUACCACCGCGGAAGGUUCUAUGCGGUGACAAUGGAAGGGAUAUUGAAGUCAUGGGACCUUGGUGGACUAGACAAACCGAGGAAGAAGACGGUCAUUGCCGGGGACGAUAACGACAUGUUCGACGACCCAGUUAUCACUAGGUACUUGCUUUCGACACCUUGGGGUCAUCUCCUGCAGGUGCGUGUCUUUCUUGACACGCUCCGUGGAAACAACGUCAGGAUUGAAAUAGACAGGUUGGACCUCAAGAGUCAGACAAGGGUAGCACUGAGCUCAGGGAAGGCCCUACGGGGACAUGCGGCAUUCGUCGGGCAGAAUAGCCCAGGCAUUUUAUCAACCAAAGAAUUCCCUGACCUAAAACCAGAUUGUAUAUAUUUCACAACUCCCCGCCUCAGAAAGCGCCGCCCUUUUGAGAAUCGCCAUAACCAAUGGAGCGGCGUUAAGGUCUAUGACCUGAAAAAACGGACGCUUGAGGCCGCUUUUCCGUCAGGUGGAGGUCAUUAUGGGACCAUCUGUCCAUUGGAAGUCUGGUUCACGCCCAGUCUAGUCUUAUAACCAUGCUGCAACUUGGUGGAAAUCUGCCUUGAGUUGAUGGGAAUCCCCUUCUUUCCGAAAUGAUGCAGAUAGAACCACGAUCUGAAUAUUCCAUGGUGAGUGCACGGGCACGGAAGGAAGGUACGGUGGACCAUAGCCAUCCUGCACCGCUGCCACCGAGUGUGUCGCUCCUUGAUCCACUUCAGUGCUCCAAAGCUACAACCUGCCUACGAGGUUUCGUCUUGGAUAGUAGUUCACAUAUGAUGCUGCAGAGUCCUUCAGGGAAGAAACAGAGUACUAUCGUAUCUGUUGGCUGCUUCCGCUUAGCUUCAGAUGGAACAUAUCAGCCAGGGACAUCCAGGGUGGGUUGCGAGCAUAACGCCAACACUCUUGGUUGAAGGUAGAUGAGGCUGUAGUGAUUUGUUUCCAGAAAGAUGAGGAGUCUCCGUCAAUGAAGCUAUGGUUUACCAUCAUAGCCUAGUCUUGGUUAUAUGGUAAGGAUUUGAAAGCAAAUGGUUAGAAAUGCCUCUCUAAAACUGCUGAACUAUAUCCCAAAAGGUCUUUUGUAUGGCAUACCCAUUAUCUAAAUCUGGGCACUGUGUCGUUGUCUUUAGUCGCAGAACUUUAAAUCUUUGUCGUGUCCGGCUGACCCGGUAUCUAAAUUUGGGCACCGAGCCAUAGUGUUUGAAUCCUUGAACCUUCCAUAAUUUUGUAAUGUGUUCUAUGUUGCAAACAUCCGAGAAUAAUGACAUGAAAAAUAAAUGCUCCUGCUUGU